AUGGACCCCGACCGCGAGGAAGUCCAACGAGCUCUCUCGCUCAUCGAGGAUCUCGAUCUGCCGCACCCGACAGGCCCAUUGAUCUCGUUAUUUGUAACAGAGGCUCUUCACCCCGUCCUCGCCGCGCGCUACGUUAUCAACAGACUGUCAACGGGCAAAGCUCGCUCUCUGGUGGCCGACUGGAUCUAUAUUGUUGAAUCAGUGACGAGAUUUGGUCGUCCCCGGCCACCCCCUGAUGCCAAAACUCAGCAAAAUGUCAGGAAACGAGAUGGGAAUAGGUGUUGCAUUACCGGCAAGGCCGGUACUCUUUGGGAUCCUUUGCUUGUUGUGCCUAUUCUUCCUAUUCCCUCCCGCUGGGCUGUAGACAAGGCGGCUACCAUCCGUGAUCGAGGUGAGGCGGGACAUGGCCCCUAUUUUCUUCCUCUGGCCACGAGACUAACAAUCAACGCCUGCAACCAAAGUAUGAAGUCGAGCCAUAUCAACACUGCGGCCGAGGAGCCAUUCGAAGUCGACGGUCCAUAUGCACUCCUCGGUGAUCACUCACGCUCGGGCAUCAUGACAGUAGAACCCGCACUUUAUCACGCACUCAAGCUCGACUGGCCAGGAGCAUCCGAUAUGUCGGCACUCGCCAAAACCAUCGCGCCUCAAAUCUUUCCCUCACAACAAUGGCAGCCCCCCAUGGAGGGACAGCUUACAGCUCGGGAAGCUACACUUCCGCAAACGGCUGGCGCUGUCUCCGCAGGGAAUGCCGCGCCGCCGCCUACGACCUCCUCCGCCACCUCGGCGACCUCCUCUACGGCGUGCCCGACCCGACCUACUACGUCCGGCGCCUCCCCUUCGGGCUCUACCUCAAAUACCGCAGCGAAGCGGACCUCGCGCGCAACGAAUUCAACGCGCUCACCCCGCCUGCACCACGAGACCUCCAUCCCGGCCCCGACCCCGCUCGACCUCCUCCCCGACGAGGAAGACAACGCCUACCUGCUCAUGACCCGCCUCCCCGGCCACCCGCUCUGGCGCUGCCAGGAGCUCUUCUCCGACGCCGACUGCGACGCCAUCGUCGCCCAGCUGCAGGACUACGUGGGCCAGCUGCGCGCCCUGCCCCGCACCGGCGCCGCCGCUACCAACCGCCACAUGCUCAUCUGCAACACCCUGGGCGGCGCGUGCCGCGAGCACCGCAUCCGGGAGGCGGCGCCCGUGGGACCUUUCGCGGACGAGGCGGCGUUUAGCAGGUGUUUGCGGCUGGGGGAUGACCCCGCGCGCAGAGGCCAUGGGGUGGUGUUUACGCAUGCGGAUCUGAGUCCAAGGAAUGUGCUGGUGGAGAGGUUUGUGAGGUGGGAUGGGAGGCCUGGGUGGCGGGUCACGGGGAUUGUGGAUUGGGAGACGGCAGGGUAUUAUCCCGAGUAUUGGGACUAUACGAAGGCGGUGUUUGGGGCGGGGAGGUGGAGGAGGAGGUAUGUGGGUAUGGUGCAUAGGGUGUUUGCGGCGUUUGGGGACUAUUCGAGGGAGUUGGAUGUGGAGAGGAGGAGUUGGGAGUUGGGUGAUGGUGUAUAG